AUGGAAAACAAAGAUCAAACACACUCAAACAAAUUAACCCGAGUUGGGACUAAGAUGGCCAAUGAAAAUAUUCCCACAGUUGACCUCUCUCCUUUCUUCACAAAUGGUGAUGAAGAUGGGAAGAGGAGGGCCAAAGAAAAAAUUAGCCAAGCAAGCUCUGAAUAUGGCUUCUUCAACGUGGUGAACCAUGGAGUACCCCUAGCUCUGAUAAACCAAGCCAUGAAGCUCUCUAAGAUGUUUUUCGAUACCCCGGACGAGGAGAAGCUCAAGAUAUUUGUCCUGCGCCUGGGGUGGCUCUCCCCGGCGACGUGGGCUUCCAAGCAAGACCGCGUACUUUACUGUUUGAAAAUACUCGAAGAGCUAUUCACCUACCUCACCAAGACAGCUCAGCUUAUGGAGAGCAUUAUAACUGAGUGUUUAGGUCUCCCUCCCAACUUCCUCAAAGAGUACAAUCAUGAUCGAAGCUGGGAUUUCAUGGCGACUUUUCGUUACUUCCCCGCAACUGAAACUGAGAACAAUGGUGUAUCCGAACACGAAGAUGGAAAUCCCAUUACCUUUGUGGUCCAGGAUGAAAUCGGAGGCCCAGAAGUUCGAAAAGAUGGGCAAUGGAUUCAUGUCACUCCCAUUGAAGGCACAUUGGUUGUCAACGUCGGUGAUGUUAUUCAGCUCAUCGAACCUGAUGAGCUUGACCGAGUUGAUCACAUUGGGCUGGACUUGACGGAUCUCUUGGAGUUGGACUAUAAACUCGGACCGGGCUUAUAA